AGAUAAAAUGAGAGAGUUUGAUAAGGCAAAAUCCACAUUAGCAACGUAGGUUGACUACAUUGGAACUCAACCCAGAUACAGCAAGGAAUCAGAGGGGUUUACUGCUGUAAACUUUAGGAAGGGAAUACUUGACAAAAUGGCUGAUGUGAAGGAGACAAACUUUCUAAAGCUCGUAUGGCUCUUGAUGAAAUAUGGUGCUAAAGUUUUACAGCACAGAAUUGAAUUUGAACUAAGAACACAAAAGGGGCAGAAAUUGUGUGAUUUUCUUGAGGAAAAAAAACAUGAAAUUUUUCAUUUGACAGUUUUAAAAAAAUGUUGCAAAUGCCCUGAAUUCACAGACAACAAAGGUAAACCACGUUUACCCAAAGAUGUUUUAGAACAACUGUACCAAAAUGUGGAUCAGUGCUGCUUGCCGAGAUUUAGGGGCUGCUGUUGCUGCAAGCUUUCACCUCAUACGGAUCUGAAUAUUAAUGUUACUAAAUUGGACAUAACCCUCACAAGUUGUUUGCUGAUAAAUUUUCUUAUAGAAGAUUCAGGACAGAAACAAGUUAUUGAAAACAUUCGAAAACUGAGGAACGACAAAGAGUUGUUACACAGAGGGAACGCUGAAGUGGACAAUGACAGGUUUGAGAAGCUUUGGCUGCAGUUAUCAAAUGCAAUAAAAGAAGUGGUGGAGAAGUGUGAGCCAUAUGUCUACGCAGAGAUCAAGGAGGAAGUGGACAGACUGAAAACAAGUCCUCUCUGCAAGGAAGACACCAUCUUGUCAAUAAAAGCAUGGAAAGAGAUACAGGAAGAGUCUGGCAGCCCAGUCGAUAGACAACAUAGUUAUGAACUCUACCAGAGAAUGACACAAUUUUGCUGUGAUGUAGAAAGCUUAACAACUCAACUUCAGGAAGUGAGAUUUCCAAAGACUGACCCUGAGCUGGAAAACUUGCUUUCUUACACAGAAUCACAGCUAAAGGCCCAUGAAGAGAAGAUCUAUGUAGAACCAAAGAGAGCCAUGCAACAUUGCAUUAAGCAUCUAGGAAAGCACAGAUUUAUUUGUAUAACAGGUGAGGCGGGAAGUGGAAAGACGAGCUUCGGACUUCAGCUGAUGCAGCAUAUAAUUAGGAAGAACCAGAACUGUGUAUCUAUUAUUCUAACAGAUAGUAGUCAGUGGUUUAAAUUUAUAUCUUGGAACAAAAAGUUUGUUAUUUUUAUAGAUGAUAUAAUAGGGAAGUCAAGUCUUAGUGAAAGAGAUUUUGAAGAAUGGCGUAAGGUUUUUGAUGCAAUGCAUCUUCGUGUAAGUGAUGAUAAAUUCCCUACAUUCAUUAUUUUUUCAUUUCGAAAUUGUAUUUGGGGAACAAUGAAAGAUGUGUUAAAAAAUUAUAUUUUAUUCAACAUCUCUAAGACUUCCUUUGUUGAUCUUUCAGGGUCAGAUUUUGGCAUGACCUUCAAAGAAAAGAAAUCAAUGUUGUACAGAUUUUGUAAUCUUCAUCAAAUUUCAAUUUGUAUGUCUGAGUUUGAAGAGAAUAGAUCUUUUGAAGAUUUUGGUCACAGUGCUUUAUAUCUCUGUGAGAAGACUUUGAAUCACAUUGCAAAAAUGGAGACUGUGAGUGGUUUUCCCCUUUUGUGUGAAGAAUUUUUUAACAGUCCAGAAUCAUUGAAACAAAGGUCAAAUUUUUUCACCAUCAAUUCAGCACGAAUUCAUUUUAAAAAGCUGGUUGAUGAUUUAUUAUUCAAAAGAAUGUAUUUACAGUAUGUUAUGUUAGUUUUCUUUUUCUUGGAGGUUUUAAUUGAGCAAUCAUACACUUUACAAGAAAUUAUGAAACUAAAAUCAAAGAUAAAGGAUAUUGCUAAGAAAAUAGAUUUACUUCAUCAUGUAUCACACCAGAUAAACAAAGCUACCAUUCAGGGAACCCUGUGUGAUAUGAAGAAUACUUUCAUACAAAUUAAUGAUGACAGGUACAAACUUAAGCAUAUGGUUGUUUAUGAAGCAAUUUUGCUGUCAUUUGGGGAGAGUUUUCCAUCUUCAUUUCUAGAACUUGUGAGCAAGAAUGAUGUGUUUACAUAUGUUAGGUCUCAAAAUUAUAAACCAGAAAAAUGGGAGAUCUGUGUGCAUUUAGAAGAUGACAUGACAGAGUCUCUAGCUAGAAAACUGAUAGAGAUUUAUGCUCCAAACACAUUUGAUGCCUACACAGUUGUUUACAAACACCCAUCAUUUAACGAUGAACAUUUGGUGUCUUGUUUUUUGGACAUUGCGGAGAAAGAUGUUGAAUUCGGGGCCUUUUUAGACUCUUUUGUGGCUGGGGCUUGCAGUUAUAAAAAAGAUAAGCUAGCUAGUGAAACGGUCAAAAAGUUUUCCAGCUUUUUAUCAUUUGACUUUGAAAUAUUCAAUGUAAUUUUGACCCAUGACCUCAUCGAUACUUUCAAUCAAUUUAUUGAUAAUUCUGAAUUUCGAAAAUUAUUAAUGGCUCAUCUCUUGGAAGAAAAAAUUGAUAAUAAUGGGAAUUCUUUGUACGUUGCUUCUAUAAGUGGUUCUAGGAGAUGUUUUCUUGGUAUGCUAGAUUUACUACUAUCCAGAGACGAUGAUCUAGAAACAGAUGGAGAGAGACAGUUUGUGCUUUCAAAAGAAAAAGUUGGGGGGCUAAUAUUCAGGAUUCUGUCGCAGCAUGAUGGGGCUGCAGGUACUGACUGGAGGGAGGCAUUAACAAAACUGACAGAAUUACUGCCGUCUGAAAAAGACAAGCAAACAGUUUACAUACUUAUAAUUGAGAACUCUAUUUUGUUCAGGAAGUUUGAUGUUGCACAGGAAUAUCUUCAGUUGAUAACGUCUUUCACAUCUGAUGAUGUGUUUUACUUUAUGAACACUUGCAUAAUCGUUGAUGGGGAUGAGUUUUUUAAUGUAUUAAGUAAGAAGUUGAAAGCAUUAAAGUUUGUGUUUAAUUCUAACGUACUUGCUUUAUUAGCCAUUUUUAAUGCCAGGCAUAAUGAGAACAUGGUCAUGAAGGUAUUACAUGAGUUCAAUGAUCAGUGUAACUAUACAUGUACCGACAUCGAUGGUAGUACAGUACUACAUGCAUGUGAGGAGAAUCACUUUUCUGAUGCUAAUUUGCUGUUUAUUUUACAAAGACCUGAAGGAGAGUUUAUGUUUACCUCAGUAAAUGAUAAAGGUUUGACACCUGUACAGUGUAGAGAAUCUUACAACAGUGUCAGUAUGAGGAGUCAGUGUGUAGAACUUAACCGUACAUUCAGCAUGAGGGGUGGGUGUAGAUAUUCAUCCCCCAGAGUCAGGAGUUAUCUGAGUAUGGAGAAUAUACAUCAGUACUCUCAUUCUGGUUCAGAGAGAAAAUUCAAUACGUCUCUGAGAUAUGAUUGUUUUACAUGAAAAUUGCUUGUUUUCAGUACAUAUAAUUAUUUUAUUUAUAUGUCUACUGUUGUUUUAGUUUACUUGGAAUAUUUAUGCAUGUAUUUCAAAGUGGUCAGAUGUUUGUGCAUUACGUGGGUACCUCUUACUUGUCAGAAAUUUUUUUACAUCAACCCAAAUGGAUAAAUGUGAUAUUUUUCAUUAAAAUACCAGUAUAUUUUUACGGUCGGGAAUAAGUCCCCUUGAACCUAUUACUUUUAGCAAUCAACUAAUUCUGACCACAGUAUUGUUAUAUAUUUAUCAAUCAACAGACACAUACAUUUGUUUAUAGCUUGAAUAUAAAACAUAUAAACAAAUAUUUUGUGAGUGGUGA